AUGAGUGUAUCAUUUUUUAAGGUUAUGCUGGUUGGGAGCAUUUGCUGUGUUGUGGUGACUAUGUUUGGGCAAAUUACCAUUGGACACAGAGGGAAAACUCAAGAUCACAAGCACCAUCACCUUUGCACAACUAACACCAAAGAUUUCUUAAAUCUGUCAGAAGUGCAAUGCAUGGAGCUUAGUAAAAGUGUUAUUUACUCUAUCAUCCUUAGAGAACCUGAUGAAGAGUAUUAUUGGGCUGUAGUGAAAGAGCCUUGGACCAAACACUGUGACAAAGGGGAGCAUUACAGUAUUAAAAAUGAUGGUUAGAUAAAAAAUGACAUGUGGACACAUAUAAGGAAAAUGUACAAACAUAUCUUUGGAAAGCAUGGCGACAAUUACAACUGGUUCUUUCUUGCACAUCCCACUAUAUUUUGUGUCACUGAAAACUUAAAGUAUCCUCUGUUUACUAGGAAUGCUUCACAACCUUUCUAUCUGGGCCACAAUAUAACAUCUGGUGACCUUGAAUACAUGACUAUGAAAGGAGGAAUUGUCUUAAGAAUAGAGACUAUGAAAAGACUUAACAGACUUCUCAAUUGUGAAAAGUGUGCAGAUCAAAGUGUGCUUGGGAAGUUAUUUGAGGAUGUGCAGCUGGCAGCUUGCCUGAAACAUGCAGGAGUUCUUGCAGAAAAUGCGGAUUCCAAAAAAAGAGCUCUAUUUAAUACAAAACCAACAGCUCAACUUAUUCAAGAGACAGUACCUAAUAACCCUAAGGAAGUAGUAGAAGGCUGCUGUUCAGAUAAAGCUAUUACUUUUAACGGACCAACUCCCCAAAAGACGAUAGUAAUAAUGUAUGGUGUGUGUUAGCUCAGGGCAUUUAGACAUUAUUUCAAUGAUACACUGAUUUUCUUGCCUCCAAAUGGUUCAGAAAAUGACUGA